UUACAGCAGCGCUAGGGAGGGAAGAAAGAACUCGCUGUGCCUCAAGGAAUGUGAAACGAUGGAACACAGAUAAGACUCUCCGUGCAUAGAGGAGAAAUAAGCAGUUAAUGUUCUCUCUUAACCCAUGCUUCGGGGGAUGGGGGGUGAUAUAUUACAUUCUACCUCAAGGGAAAGGAUAUACUUCUUGAUUAAUAUACUUAUACAAUUCAUUAAUUUUCCUUUCACUGGCUAUUCCUAAUCAUUCCCCCAGGGCCUUGCAGUUUUGUCUCAUUCGCGGCUCUAUCCCGUAGCUGAGCACAAAACCUAGUUCUUAACAUUGAUUAAAUAAAUCUCGUCAGGUGCUCCCGUGGGUGAUCUGGAAGGAGUUAAAUUUGGUAGUUAUGGGAGACGCUUCUGUGAAGCCAUAGGAGCGAAGGUUGUGACGGCAGGACAUAACUCAGCUUCAGAAUCUUUCUGGCCGCUAAACCUUCAGAGUAAGUGCCGUCCUUGGGGAAUGCUGCCUCAAAUGGCUCGCGACGUCCUACAACAUCUACAUUUAUUUUGGAAAAUCUGUUUCCGUAAAACCUAGCAUACUUAAUCACCAACUUUUGUUAACUUUAAGGUGGCAUAUUAAUACCUGUCAGGUUGAUUUUAGUAGGAGUGGGACCGGGCUGACCUCACCGUCCCACCCUUCGGUAUAAGGCCGGCGUCUUCACGAUCUCGCUUUUCACAACCCCAGCCCCUGAGGGCUUAUCUGGAGCUGUCGGAGUCCCCAGGACGUGGCCCCGGAGCAGGGUGAGGUGCCACAGUUCGAGGUGUCACAGUUCCCCGCGCCCGGACAGGGGGCGGUGCUCACGCCCCAGGCCCGGCUGACGCGAUGUAGGCCGAGAUCACCUCAGGCGCUCGCGGUGCAAUCACAGAGGGCGCCGUAGCCCGGUCGAACUCGCCCUGAGAUCCCUCCGCUCAGUGCUUUCAACGCCGUGUCCUGGUGCGCCGCACCCGGGCAUACAAAAACGGGUCGUCCGCGAUUCUCAGGGAUUGAUCGCCUCUUCAGCUAAGUUCUCUUCCGUUCCCGUACCACUGUGCCACAGGCACAGCCCGCUUCCUCAGGUCCCCUAUCCCGCGCAAGAAGACCACGGCUUCACAGAGUGUUAUUUAAGGGGCGUGGCCAGCGGAACAUCCCGCCCCAUUCUGUGACGCACGAGGUGGCGCGCGUGGGACCCGAGGGGUGGGGCUGGGUUUAGUAGGAAACCUGGGGGCCAGGGCUGCCUGUGGACGACCAUCUGCCAGCUUCUCUCGCUCCGUCGAUUAGGAGGAGCGGUGGCGAUCUCGGCCUUCAGUGUCUUCGGCAGAGUGAAAUGGCGGCGGCGGCUGGGAUGAUGUUGCUGGGCUUGCUGCAGGCGGGUGGGUCGGUGCUGGGCCAGGCGAUGGAGAAGGUGACAGGCGGCAACCUCCUGUCCAUGCUGCUGAUCGCCUGCGCCUUCACCCUCAGCUUGGUCUACCUGUUCCGUCUCGCAGCCGGCCACCUGGUCCAGCUGCCCGCAGGGGCGAAAAGUCCUCCAUACAUUUUCUCCCCGAUUCCAUUCCUUGGGCAUGCCAUAGCAUUUGGGAAAAGUCCAGUUGAAUUUCUAGAAAAUGCAUAUGAGAAGUAUGGACCUGUAUUUAGUUUUACCAUGGUAGGCAAGACAUUUACUUACCUUCUGGGGAGUGAUGCUGCUGCACUGCUUUUUAAUAGUAAAAAUGAAGACCUGAAUGCAGAAGAUGUCUACAGUCGCCUGACAACACCUGUGUUUGGGAAGGGAGUUGCAUACGAUGUGCCUAAUCCAGUUUUCUUGGAGCAGAAGAAAAUGUUAAAAAGUGGCCUUAACAUUGCCCACUUUAAACAGCAUGUUUCUAUAAUUGAAAAAGAAACAAAGGAAUACUUUCAGAGUUGGGGAGAAAGUGGAGAAAAAAAUUUGUUUGAAGCUCUUUCUGAGCUCAUAAUUUUAACAGCUAGCCAUUGUUUGCAUGGAAAGGAAAUCAGAAGUCAACUCAAUGAAAAGGUGGCACAGCUGUAUGCAGAUUUGGAUGGAGGUUUCAGCCAUGCAGCCUGGCUGUUACCAGGUUGGCUGCCUUUGCCUAGUUUCAGACGCAGGGACAGAGCUCAUCGGGAAAUCAAGGAUAUUUUCUAUAAGGCAAUCCAGAAACGCAGACAGUCUCAAGAAAAAAUUGAUGACAUUCUGCAAACUUUACUAGAUGCUACAUACAAGGAUGGGCGUCCUUUGACUGACGAUGAAGUAGCAGGGAUGCUUAUUGGACUACUCUUGGCAGGGCAGCAUACAUCCUCAACUACUAGUGCUUGGAUGGGCUUCUUUUUGGCCAGAGACAAAACACUUCAAGAAAAAUGUUAUUUAGAACAGAAAACAGUCUGUGGAGAGAAUCUGCCUCCUUUAACUUAUGACCAGCUCAAGGAUCUAAAUUUACUUGAUCGCUGUAUAAAAGAAACAUUAAGACUUAGACCUCCUAUAAUGAUCAUGAUGAGAAUGGCCAGAACUCCUCAGACUGUGGCAGGGUAUACCAUUCCUCCAGGACAUCAGGUGUGUGUUUCUCCCACUGUCAAUCAAAGACUUAAAGACUCAUGGGUAGAACGCCUGGACUUUAAUCCUGAUCGCUACUUACAGGAUAACCCAGCAUCAGGGGAAAAGUUUGCCUAUGUGCCAUUUGGAGCUGGGCGUCAUCGUUGUAUUGGGGAAAAUUUUGCCUAUGUUCAAAUUAAGACAAUUUGGUCCACUAUGCUUCGUUUAUAUGAAUUUGAUCUCAUUGAUGGAUACUUUCCCACCGUGAAUUAUACAACUAUGAUUCACACCCCUGAAAACCCAGUUAUUCGUUACAAACGAAGAUCAAAAUGAAAAAGGUUGCCAGGAACUAAUACAUGUGAUCGUCACUGUAAGCCACAAAGGCGUUCAAAGAGAAUGAAGUGUACAAAACAACUCUUUUAGUGUACUGUUUUUUUGAGUGUGUAAUUCUAAAAGCCAGUUUAACUUAUGAUUUAGUAUUUUGUUAACUGAAUGGUUCUAUCAAGUAUAAUAGCAUUUGAAACAUUUUCUAAUAGUUAUGGUACUUAUACAUGUGCUUUCAGGAAGUUCAUUAGUAAAACAGUUGUUCAGGGGGGGAUCUAGGUAAUUGGCAGAUUCUAAAUAAUAUAAUUUCCAGGUAGUAAUUUUAAGAGUACUCAUAGCUCUUGCCAAAUAAGUUCAGGGUAUUCAAACCUUGGACUAGCCCUGCAAGGUAUAAAGAAUAAAAAUCCCAGUGAGAUACUUGGAAACCACAGGUUAUUAUUUAUCUGGGCAAUUAUUGUGUGUGUGAGGAUGGAAGAGGGAAUAAUCGAACAUCUAAAGCCUUGAAUAAGAGAAUACUAACUGUUUUAGUAUGAUGAUAUUCAGAAAUGGAGAUGUUAUAGAAAAAUAAAUCCUUUGGAAUUUUAACUAAAAUCACUGCAUAUAGGAAAUUAAGAGAUCUAGGACCAUAUUUGGUAAGAUUUCUUAAAAAUAAUGUAAUUAUUAAUGCUAAAGACUGCUUGUGUAUCUUGAUCUAAUUACUAAAUAAUUACAUAUUUACCUGAUAAGUAUGUAUCUAAUUCUACAAGGUCACAUUUAUGUGGAAGUCCAAAGUCAAGUCCUUAGGGGAUAAUUUUGUUUUGGCUCACAUGUUCCCUGCUUCCUCUCUUUUUUUUUUUUUGAGAUGGAGUCUAGCUCUGUUGCCUAGGCUGGAGUGCAGUGGCACGAUCCCGGCUCAUUGGAUCCUCCGCCUCCCAGGUUCAAGCAAAUCUCUGCCUCAGCCUCCCAAGUAGUUGGGAUUACAGGCGCCUACCACCAUGGCUACCACCUACCACCUGGCUAAGUUUUUGUAUUUUUAGUAGAGACGGACGUUUCACUAUGUUAGCCAGGCUAGUCUUGAACUCCUGACUUCGUGAUCCACCCGCCUCAGCCUCCCAAAGUGCUGGGAUUACAGGCGUGAGCCACGGUGCCUGGCCUUCCCUGCUUCCUCUCUAGAAUCCAGUUAGGGAUGUUUGUUACUACUUGUGUUAAAACAGUUAAACUAACUUUUUUCUUUUAAAAAUGUGAGAUCAGUGAACUCUGGCUUUUAAGAUAAUGUGAAACAAGGUCCUUGGGAGUAAUAUAAUUGGUCACAUUCUGUAAAGCACAUUCUGUUUAGGAGUCAACUUAUCUUAAAUUAUAACUCCAGGCCUAACUAUAUGAGAUGGCUGAAAAAAUACCACAUCAUCUGUUUUCACUAGAUGAUGCCAAAAUAUUUUGCUUUAUGUAUAUUACAGUUCUUUUUAAAAGGCUGGAAGACUCAUGUUAAACUUUAAUUGUGAAGGCAGAAUCUCUGCUAAUUUUUCACAUUAAAAUUCUCUUUGAAAAAAUA